AUGUCUACCCAACUCCCAUCCACUUACGAUCCUGCGAUGCCGAUGAUGGAGGAGCCAACGAGGACUACGACCGCUCAACCAUCUGCUGCUAGUGAAAUGCCCACUCAUUCUGACAUGGACGGACACCCGCCCAUUGUUCCAUUCAAAGAACGCGUAAUAGGUGUCGCGAAGAAAACGCGGGGCACUCUAUUAGCAAAGCCCGAACUGAAGGAACAUGGAGAAAAGAUCCUCCAAGGGGAAGCCAGUGUUUACGAUGUCCACGAACCUCCCGCGCGCACCGAAUGA